CAAACCCUCUCUCUCUCUCUUGCCUUUCUCUUUCUUCUUCAUUUCCCCAGCAAGCUUGACCCAAUUGGUAUUUCUGGGUUUCAUGUAAGCAAAUCUCUACAUAUAUACAUUUAUAUAUACCAAUCUGAUCAUCAAACUGCUUAAUCAUAUACAGAUUGAACUCAUUGAUUCUUCUUGAUUAAGAAGAAUGAAAGAGGGUGGUGGCAGAUCAAAGCAUGGCACAAUGUCGCCAUGUGCAGCUUGCAAGCUUCUGCGAAGAAGAUGUGCACAUGAUUGUGUGUUUGCUCCUUAUUUUCCUGCUGAUGAACCCCAGAAAUUUGCAAGUGUUCAUAAAGUUUUUGGGGCUAGCAAUGUCAACAAAAUGUUACAGGAACUACCAGAGCACCAACGCAGUGAUGCAGUGAGUUCAAUGGUAUAUGAAGCAAACGCAAGAGUGAGAGACCCUGUGUAUGGCUGUGUGGGAGCCAUCUCUUCUCUGCAACACCAAGUUGACUUGCUUCAGACCCAGCUCGCCAUUGCUCAAGCCGAAGUUGUUCACAUGAGAUCACUCAGUCACUUCUCUUCUUCAUCUUCACCCCCACCACCAACUACAACUCUGACUGUGCCUUCCACGUCAUCGCCAGAUCAUCAUCACAGUAACUUCAAUACGUCUCCUUCAUCGUCGAGCAGGCUCAGCGCCAAGUCCUUUUUUGCCAUGGACGUGGGCGAGUCUUUGUGGUCGUGCUAGGUAGCUAGUUACAUCGAUCAUAUAGCUUUGGGCUUUUACUCAUUCAUUAGCCUGUCAGCUUAUAUGGCGUGCACGUUUCUUUUUUAAUUUUCAUUUUCUUAUGAUUAUUGUUACUAUCACGGGCUUGCUUUCUUGUUUACCUCGUCACUCCCUCCUUUUGCUUUUUCUCUUUCUAUCACUUUAAGGGAUACCUCUCUCGAUGCUGUUGCUGAUUUAUUAGUUAACCUUAAUGUAAAUGUCUAAACUUGUAAUUAAGAGUUAUCUUCUACAUGGAUUUUA